GCAGCGCCUAAUAAUCUUGAUUAAGUGGUACGGGGGUAGGUACUUACUUACCUUUAUAGGGAUUUAUAUAAGUAAGUUAGCAUAUUCUUAUAUUUCUAAUGUCCAUCAGGUAUAAGAAUCGAAGUGUACUGGGUAUUGGAUCUAUAGGUAGUUAUUCACAUAAUAGUCUACCUAGAUACCUAACCCAAUGAGCGAGUGUCUUAGAAACGUUACAGAACAGAAAAGCCACUAAGUUAAUAUACCUAGGUAGAUUAGGUAGCUGGAGGGAGUUAUCAUACCUGCCCAGGGGUCUUCGUGCGACAGGGGGUAUCUCCCGACGUCACUACACUAGGUACGACUACACUACGAUAUCUAGCUCCUAAAAGCUUCACCUGUCUGAGACCAGUUUGAUCAUUAUGUAACAAUCAUCCAUCCACGACGGCUAGGAGGAUGAAUUUCACGGCUCGCCGAACGCUCCAAAGAUGCCACCACAUCUCUAAUUCCAUACUACCACCGUCCAUUGCGUUGUCGGCGCGCCGGUCGUACGCCUUUCAAGCCGCGGCCCCGCCUAUCCACAAGGUCUUCAACCGGCGCACGAAAUGGCUACAGAAGGAACGUGCUUCUCAGGAUGUCGAGAACAGCCGGAUCGCCGAUUAUCUGAAAGACGAAGUCGCGAUGCGCGUAUGCGAGCGAUUGCUGGAUAUCAAACGCGAAUAUCCUCGAGUACUCGAUUUCGGUGCCAACUCGUGCAACAUCGCCCGGGCUCUAACGCGCGAAAACCCCGACCCGAACCCAGAAAUGCCCGUUUCAGAGCCAAUUGCGAUCAAAAUCGGCCAUCUGCUAGCUGCUGAUUCCUCCGAGAGCAUGCUUUACCGCGAUGCCGACCUUGACUUCAACAAACAGAUAAAUAUCACAAGGCAGGUUCUUACGGAUGAGGAGACUCUUCCCUACGACGCCAACUCUUUUGAUCUAGUUCUGAGCUCCCUGAGCAUGCAUUGGAUCAAUGACUUACCGGGCGUGCUUGCGCAAAUCAACAACGUUCUGAAGCCGGAUUGCGCCUUCAUCGGCGCCAUGUUCGGGGGGGAUACGCUCUACGAACUUCGAACUUCACUGCAGUUAGCCGACCAGGAGAGGCGAGGCGGCAUCUCGCCUCAUGUCUCGCCGCUGGCUGACGUACGCGAUGUUGGCGGGUUGCUUGGCAAAGCUGGCUUCAAGAUGUUGACGGUUGAUGUGGAGGACAUCAUCGUUGAUUAUCCUGACAGCUUUGCCCUCAUGACGGAUCUGCAAGCAAUGGGCGAGAAUAACGCCGUUCUAGGCCGGGAGAUGGGACCCAUCCAGAGAGAUGUGCUAUUAGCUGCGGAUGCAAUUUACCGUGAGCUCCAUGGUAAUGAAGAUGGGACAUUGCCAGCAACAUUUCGCAUGAUUCAUAUGAUCGGAUGGAAAGAAUCAAAAGACCAAGCCCAGCCACUGCCUCGCGGAAGCGGCGAGAUCAGCUUGAAAGAUAUACUGGAAAACAAGUAGAUGUACUAUCAAAUUCGCAAUCGCAUCCAUCCAGGGAUAUACCAUGCCCUAGCUGUGCAUUCCAUGUACAUAUAUACAAACCUCAUACAAAAAUAUAGGCUCGCCUCCCCUGGUAUAUAUGCUUGGGGAGGAAAAGUAGAAAAAUUCAAUCAAAUUACGACCACUGUUAUUCAA